GGGUUUUAAAAAACGCCGCCAGUGAAUCAGUGGUGCGGGAACUUGGAACCGCGGAGGCGCCGGGAGCGGCCGAGCACGCACCCCGCCGGGGCACGCGGCCAGGACGCUCCCGGGCUUCUCCCGGACGCCAGCCUCUGUCCCCGGACCCCGAAGGCCGAGAAGGAGCCGCGGGGCAGCCACCCUCCGCGCCCGCCAUGGGCCCGCGCCGCCGGAGGCGCAAGCCCGAAGUCCCGAAGAGGCGCACCGCGAGCCCGACUCCCAGCCCCCCUCGGCGGGCCCCCUCCUUAGGCGCUUCCUCCCGUCAGCGUGGUCCCCGGAGAAGUCGGGUUCUGAAGGAGAUCCGAAAGCUUCAGAAAAGCACAGACCUGUUGUUAAGGAAGAGCCCCUUUGGCCGCCUGGCAAGAGAGAUAUGUGUUAAAUUCACUCGUGGUGUGGACUUCUACUGGCAAGCCCAGGCCCUGUUGGCCCUGCAAGAGGCUGCAGAAGCAUUUCUGGUUCAUCUCUUUGAGGACGCCUAUCUUCUCUCCUUACAUGCCGGCCGCGUUACUCUCUUCCCGAAGGAUGUGCAGCUGGCCAGGAGGAUCCGAGGCAUUCAGGAAGGGCUUGGCUGAGCUCCCGCCACCUGUCUCUAAGCCUUUCCUGCCUGCCAGAGAGAGCGCUCUCUGGGGAGGAAGCACCCAGCGUCUCAUCGCCGGGAUGGGAGUUGCUCUGAAGGAGUUUCCAUCCUUGGUCCCUUGCUGUCUCACCUUCCCUUUGUUCUCUAGGAAAGGUUUGACUUGGUUUUAGCUUGAGCGCUUGGGAUUCUAUGGCUCAUGCGCUUUUGUACAACGUUGAAUAAAGAUCUUUAUCUAUUUAGUAAUCACCAGGCAACAUGAAUCUGUCAGAGUUCAGCCUCUAUCUCACAAGGACCAGAUGACUCGUUUUGAUUAAGAAGAGGUUUUCUUAACUUUUGAAAAUGUCUUGUUUGGUGUCAAAUGUGAUGCCUGAAUUUCAGGGAUGAUACCAGGGACUCUGUCUGGAGCCAAGAACCGAUCCACGAAGUGCAAGGAGAUGCCUGGACUUGUUUCGGAGAGGGGUACACGUUGCUUUUGUAACUGGUUGUUUUAAGGAGAAGGCUACGGGGCUUUCCUCUGUAACAGAGGUGAUCUGUGAGAAAAUCAACAUCAUUCCAAAGGACUCAGAGUUCUUUUUAGCUAAUGAGACCCCAAGGUUCACUUCGGUUUGCAAAUUAUUCACGUGACUGCUGAAUGAUUUUGAAGACCUCAGAUUUUCUGGGUUAUGGGAAAAAAAGGAUAUUUCCUUAUGGUUUUAGAUCUUCCUGUACCGUUUAAAUUUUUUGCCCGAUGUAUAUUUACUUUUCUUUAAAACAUAAGGGAAAAAAAUAAAAGCCAACCGCUUCCAUCGUUUGCAGGAAGAGCCGG